AUGUGGCUUUGGACCGUCGGUUUCGCACUUGUGGCAUAUGUCACGUACAAGCUCACAAGCCUGUCUCGUCUCCCACCGGGACCGAAAGGCCUCCCGAUCCUCGGAAACGCGCUCGAUAUCCCCCUAAAUGGCCUCUUCCUCAAGCUGGACGCUUGGAAGCAGGAUCACGGAGAGAUUUACGCGCUGAACGCAGCCGGUCAGAAGAUUCUCGUGCUCACAACCGCCAAGGCCGCCGCAGAUGUGCUGGAUCGCAUCAGUGGAAGUUGCAGUGACAGACCAAAGUUCAUCAUGAUGGGCGAGUACAUGACCGGAGGGCUAAUGGUUUCUACCCUUUCUCACGGCGAUCGCUGGCGGCGCAUGCGCCGCAUCGUUCACGAAGGGUUCAACAUCCGCGCUGCCGAGGCAUACUACUCGAUGCAGGAGGAGGAAGCAGGUCGGCUCGUUCGUGUGCUGCUGGAACAGCCCCGUGUCGAGCUUGGUGUCGUCCGCCAGCGUGCAGCGGCGAGUAUCAUCUGGCGUGCGCUGUACGAUGCGCCUAGUCUGUUCCAGUCUCAGCAGGUCGAGGAGCGUGUCAACCACAUGAACGAGAUCCUCGAUGCGCUCUUGUCGUCCGCCAUGCCCCUCGCAUACAUGGUCGAGCUCAUUCCUGCGCUGAGAUACGUUCCCACCAGCCUCGCCAAGUGGAAGCAGUACGGCGAACGCUUCUUCAAGGACACGGACGAGUUCUUCGAGAACCUGUACAAAGAGGGCAAGGAAAGCAAGGGCGACGGCAGCAAGGCCAAGGGCUUUGCGGCGAGCACGGAGGAGGCAUGCAAGGAGUUUGGUGUUAGCCAACAAGAGGCAGCAUGGACAGCAGGCACGCUCUUCGGUGCUGGAGCCGAGACGACCGUAGGCGCAGUGCACUUCUUCUGCCUGGCGAUGCUGCUCCACCCCGAGGCGAUGAAGACAGCUCAAAAGCAAAUCGACGAGGUGUGCGGCAAGAAUCCCCCGACGUUCAAGGACCGCGAGCGCCUGCCUUACCUCCAGGCUCUGCUUAGGGAGACGAUGCGCUGGCGCCCGAGUGUGCCUGCGAGCAUCCCGCACGUCGCCUGCGAGGACUUUCACUACAAGGAAUGGGUCAUCCCUAAGGGAACGAUGUGCAUUGGCAACAUCUGGUCAAUCAAUCGCGACCCAGAGUUCUUCCCGGAGCCGGAGAAGUUCCGUCCCGAACGCUACCUGGACGAGAAGGGCCAGCUCCGCCCCUCCCUCCCAGGCUACCACGACGACAUCCUCGCCUACGGCCACGGGAGGCGGAUCUGCCCCGGCCGGGACUUUGCGAACAACACUGUCUAUGUGGAGAUGGCUUACCUGCUCUGGGCAUUCGAUAUCGAGAAGGCGAAGGACGCGAACGGGAAGGACAUCGUUCCGAAUGAUAUGGACUUCUCCGAUAAGGGCCUGACGGUGUACGUCCACUUACGUAUCUUGUUGUAUCGUGUCGUGCUGACAUCUUGUCCAGGCACCCGAAGGAAUUCCCAGCAGUGUUCAAGCCCAGGCAGGAAAACCUGUCUGAACUCAUGCCCGCUAUCUGAUGGCCGGGCGGAAAAGUGA